CAAAGUUUGAGGAGGUCAGGGUGUCCUUCCCACGUGUUUUCUCGGGUAGUAAUCUGUCUGUAACGUCAGUAGUGGGUAACUGAUACUCUGAGUUUAUUUUACUAUUGUAUUUUCUUUUCUAGUCAAAUUUACCAAUCUAUAACCAUGCUAAAGUCUCUUUCCCGAACGGUGAGUACUGCAGUUCGGAUUUCUACAACCACAAUGUUUUCGGCCCGAACUCUCCAGCCUCUUACGAGAUCGACAUUAUGUUCUCCAAACUCCGGAACCAUACGGCCUUUCAGCCGGUCUCUCUGGAUGAUGAGCCAUAACGGGGCAGCAUCGGUAUACAGACCAAAACUCUUCAGUUCAAAAGGAUUUACUCCUGUGUCGUGUGGAUGUGGAUCACUACACACAGAAGGAGACAAAGCCUUUGGAAAUUUCCUUUUGGAUGAAAUCAAAGAAGAGAAGAAGAUCCAGAAAAGCAGUACUCUUCCCAAGAUGUCUGGAGGGUGGGAGCUACAGCAGAACGGCACAGAAGCCAAACUCAUUAGGACAAUUUCUGGAGAAAAAGUGACCGUCACAUUCAACGUCAACAACAGUAUUCCCCCUAAGUUUGAAGAGGAGGCUGAACAAGCACAGGGACAGAAGUCUGCAGAGAAUGAGCCAGAUAUUGUGUCUUCACCCAACUUCGUUGUCGAGGUGACAAAACAGGCGGCAAAACAUUCCUUGGUGUUUGACUGCCAUUAUCCUGAAGAUGAGGCUAAAUACAUUUUGCAGGCAAUCCAUGGUGAAGGGGAAGAGGAGAGUGAUAUUUUUGCCAUCCGUGAGGUCAGCUUCCAGCCUGAGGGAGAUGUAGAGUGGAAGGAGACCGCCUACACACUCAACACAGACUCUUUGGACUGGGCCCUGUAUGACCACCUCAUGGACUUCCUGGCUGACCGGGGGGUUGACAACACGUUUGCUGAUGAACUGAUUGAGCUGAGCACUGCUAUGGAGCAUCACGAAUACAUCAAGUUCCUGGAGGACCUCAGUGGCUUUGUCAAAUGCAAUUAAUGUUUGGAAUGAAUAGAUUCAACAAGCUGUGUAUAAAUAAAUUCACAAACCAAAAUAAUUUCAGUAAGAUACCAUCCCCCUCUACAUUGAAAAUGUGAACAAAUGGAAAAUGUUUAAAUUUGAGGGAAAGUAUAGGCACUGAUUGAAGUCAUUGCCCAGUUUGGACAUUUAUCAGUCAGUUAUCAUUGAGACUGCUGUAUGAGUUUCUGCUGCUUUGAACAGUAAUUUAAAAUUGAACUACUGCUUUGCUGCAAAUUUAUCAGCGUUGCAAAUGCUUCUUUAUUUUACUGUGUCUCAAAAUAUGGAUAAUGAAGGCUGUCGUUGUCAUUUGUCAACAUUUUGGAAGCAUGUCAGUCACCACACAAGUCACUGUAUGACAAAGUAAUAUGUUUCAUAAAUGAGUGGUUCAGCAUGAUUUUAUUUCAGAUAGUAUCCAAGCAUGGUCAUUUGACAUUUUAUAAAAGGUGUAAUGAAGAUCCAGUCAGUGUCCACAUAGUCACUGUACUCUGCAUUCAAGUAUUUGAUAGUCAAUACAUAACCAUUGAAGAAAACGGUUAUUGCUUUGACACCUUAAAUGAACAAUUCUAUAAAUCCAUGCUACUUCCAGUUCUAGUGAAGGACCCCUUAAUACUUCAUCUCAAAAUAUGGUUUUAUUAGAUGAAUACAUUAGGAAUGUUUAACAUGGUAAGUGGAGGGAGCUCAGUAGUGAUACUGGGCAAGUGCCGUAUUAUGGCCUGGCUGACGUUCCAAACAGAAAUCAUUAUGAUAAACACUAUUCCUAUGUCCCAAGUGGUACCCCGUUCCCUUUAUAUUACGCUGCUUUUGACCAGGACCCAUAGGAAAGAAAAUAUCAAUUCAGGGCCCAUAAGGUACUAUAUAGGGAAUAGGGUGCCAUUUGGGAUGAAUCCAAGUGUUUUAACCAGUCAGUCGGGUGGCUUGAGGUUAGGCAAGAUGGGGAUUUUCUCUUUAUUUGAUGGCAAUUUGAAUGCACAGUGAUAUCAUGACAAGAUCCUGAGGCCCAUUGUCGUGCCAUUCAUUCGCCGCCAUCACCUCAUGUUUCAGAAUGUUAAUGCACAGCCCCAUGUGGAAAGGAUCUGUACACAAUUCCUGGAAGCUGAAAAUGUCCCAGUUCUUCCAUGGCCUGCAUACUCACCAAACAUGUCACCCAUUGAGCAUGUUUGGGAUGCUCUGGAUCAGCGUGUACAACAGCGUGUGCCAGUUCCCGCAACUUCGAACAGCCAUUGAAGAGGAGUAGGACAACAUUCCACAGGUCACAACCAACAGCCUGAUCAACUAUGUGAAGAUGUGUUGCGCUGUAUGAGGCAAAUGAUGGUCACACCAGAUACCGUCUGGUUUUCUGAUCCAGGCCCCUACUUUUUUUUUUUUAAGAUAUCUGACCAACAGAUACAUAUCUGUAUUCCCAGUCAUGUUAAAUCCAUAGAUUAGGGCCUCUUUUUUUGACAGAUUUCCAUAUAUGAACUGUAACUCAGUAAAAUCGUUGAAAUUG